CUGAGAGGAAGAACAGCACCACUGCAUAUCACAGAGGAAGACCUCCACUGUCAUUGGAAAUAAACUAUGGACACCUCAAACGAGAUUGCUAAAGUUACCAACAAGCUCACCAAGGCAUCAGAUUGCCGUGAUGAUACCAAAAUCUUGAUGCAGCCCUACGCUAACUGGGAAGAUUACUUGACACCAGCACCAAUAUCCAUAGCAAUUCUGGGGGAGCUUGUCUUCAUCUCCUCCAAUGUAGAUUUUUCCAUCCGUCAAGGCAGCCCAGAGGGCGGUUUUAAGCACGUCAAGUAUCCAGACUCGUUCCGCGCCUGCCUCAUGCAAGUGUGCAAUGCUGGGUGGCGUGCAUUCAAUGAAGCGCACAAGAACAUGGACCAGAUUCGUCUACACACCUCCAACGUGCCGACUUAUAUCAAGUCAGCAGUGAAGAUACUACUCCAGGAUGAUGACACCCUCAUCCAAGAGAUCCUCCCUGAUCAGCUGGGGAACAUCGACAACAUAGCCAGUGACUGCCUGAGACUGUCCGAGACAACAGAAAAGAAGUUUAUGGAUGUGAUGGAGCUGAUCCAAGAGCUCCUUGAGUCAUGCACCAGUGCCAAACAAGCCUAUGGCAAAGAGCUGGAAGACGUCAGGAGGAAAAUCGAAGAAGCUAAAUUAAGAGAAGUAGCAUCGCAGGAAGCAAAAAAACGAGCAAAUGAAGCCUUAGGUAGCUUGAAGAAGCAGCUGGAUGAGGCACAGAAAACAUUUACAGAAUCAAUGAACUCCAUGCCAAGUGGCUGGGAGGUGAUUGGGCUGAAUUUUGUUGAAGGAAUCACAGAUAGUAUUUCAUCUGUUAUUGGAGGGAUUGGAAGCGUAUUGUCUGGGAAAAUUUUUAAAAACAUUGGUAAGUCAGGGAAAGAGAGUGCACCGGAGGAUCCAAUUGCAAUUAACAACAUCUGUGCCAAAUCAGGCCAACUUCUGUCCUUAGUGCAACAGUUCAAGGUGUUUAUCGAAGAAAAUGAAAUCAAGUGGUCUGAAGUAAUUGAUCAACAAACUGGGGAGCCAAAAACCAACUGGCUGAAGAAGCAGUUUGAAAAUGUUCAAGUAUCAAUAAAAAAGGAAAAAGACUGUGAGCCACAAAAGCAGGCUCUGGAAAUAUGCACCAAGGCCAUCGCCCUCUGCACUCAAUUGGCAACCGAAGCAGCUCAAGAAAAGCAUGAAGACGCUAAGACCAAUGAGCUCUUGCAAGCUAUGAAAGGUCUGACAGAAGCAGUCCAGAUCUUUGACACAAUGAGUAAGGCUACAACUAAUACAUCAGCCUUCAAUGUGAAACCACCGCAAAUGUCUCAAACUCAGGGCAGCAGUUCAGGCCCAAAGUCUGCAGGCCAGAUAGCUACAGAUAAUGCCCGCUUCAAAAUAGAGCAGAGCAGAGCCCAGCUAGAAAAAGUGAGGGAUCUGUAUGACAAGACUGUGGAAAAUGUGGAAAGGACCGAGAAGGAGCUGACUGAGAUCCUUGUCACCAUGAGAAACUGCGAAGUCAAGGAGAUAGACUUCAAGACCACCAUCAAAAUUCUGGCCCAGGGUCUAGAAGCCAUGGGAAGGGUUAAGGAGCAGUGGCAGAAGUUGGUGCGCUUCUUCCAGAUGGUCUCCAACAUAAUCAAAACCUGCUUAACCUCAUCCCUGCAGAAUUUUGUCAAAACAGGCCAGAAGGUAGUAGACACACAAAUGAAGUAUUCAACAAGGAUGUUUUUGAAAGACAUGAUCUACCAGCAAGCUUUCUACGCAUCCAACAUUUCCAGCCUGGUUCAUAUGAUCUCAGAGACCUACACACAGGUCUCCAGUCAGUACCUGAUGGACAGGGUUAGCUCGCUGAGCAGGCUCAUGUCUUUGGAUCCCAGCAAGCCAGAGUUCGGUGAAGAACGCAGACUGUUGGAAAACGGCUGUGAAGAGGCCCAAAGUGGAAUAAAGAGCCUUGUGCAGAAGAACAAAAAUGACUUUGAUCGGAAGACCAGAGUAAGACUGCAGAAAAUCGAGACCGAGCUGAAUUCUGUGCUGCCGCCAGCAUCUGCGGAGGAAAAGAAGCAACUUCAGGAAAUAGUUCAGACCGAAUUCAAAAAGGAAGAUGAGGAUCAGUAUGCUUGAUGGCCCUUUCAAAGACCUUGUCUGUGGGCACAAGUAGAUAGUUACCCCAACUAAUGAGUCAGUUCUACAAUAUCACGCUCAAGUCAAAAUGAUUUAACUCAUCUUUCAAUUGUUUUAUUUGGUGUUAAAUUGUCUAGUAGUUCCUCACCUUAAUUAUCAAAAGUUAUUUUGCUAAUCAA